GCUUCCGUGGCUCCGUCUGGCCCACGCCCUUUGCGUUUUCGUCCUCACCCUAAUGAAACCGCGGCUUGGGGUUCGCCAUUUCUAUGCGUCAGAGAACUUGCUGUCGCGCGGAUGCAUUUCGUGAGCAACCAUUGCAAGCGAGAUGGACUGCAAUUUCUUAGGGGAAACAGUGUAGACAAAGAGUCGGCUGUUCUCGAGGUUCCAAAGUGUUACACACUCCGUCGAGGCACGUCAUGCACAACCCAGCCUUUGUGUUAUUGUCAGCUUGGACUCUGUGGGCUGCUUGACUGGAUCGUUGUCUGGUCUCAGUCACGAGCUGGUUCGGUUAAGGAGUGGGCACGGCGCUUGAAGGAAUGGAUGCACCUCUGA